AUGCAGCUCAGCUUCCACGGCCUGCGGGCCCUGGUGACCGGGGCUGGGAAAGGGAUCGGGCGGGAGACCGCCAAGGCGCUGCAUGCGUCGGGGGCCAGAGUGGUGGCUGUGACGCGCACCCAGGCCGACCUGAACAGCCUCUGCCAGGAGUGCCCAGGGGUGGAGCCCAUAUGUGUGGACCUGGGGGACUGGGCGGCCACGGAGCGGGCACUGAGUGACGUGGGCGCUGUGGACCUGCUGGUGAACAACGCGGCUGUGGCGCUUCUGCAGCCCUUCCUGGAGAUCACCAAGGAGGUCUUCGACAGGUCACUCCACGUGAAUCUGCGCUCGGUGAUCCAGGUGUCCCAGAUCGUGGCCCGCAGCAUGGUGGCGCGUGGCGUGCCCGGCUCCAUCGUGAACGUCUCCAGCAUGGUGUCACAGACCUCCUUCCCCAACAUCGCCGUCUACAGCUCCACCAAGGGUGCCAUGACCAUGCUCACCAAGGUGAUGGCCUUGGAGCUGGGGCCACACAAGAUCCGCGUGAACUCCGUGAACCCCACGGUGGUGCAGACGGCCAUGGGCCAGCAAGUCCUGAACAACCCUGAGGUGGCCCGGCAGCUCAAGACCCGCCACCCGCUGGGCAAGUUCGCAGAGGUGGAGGACGUGGUCAACAGCAUCCUCUUCCUGCUCAGCGACUGCAGCGCCGCCACCACCGGCUCCAGCAUCAUGGUGGACGCGGGGUACCUGACUUCUUAG